UCCUCGGGGCCGUCGCGGGGCUGUGCGGAGAGGGGGCCGCGGCGCCGCCCCCGCCUCCUCCCCUCGCCCGGCACGGGCAGAGGCAGGUGGGCGGCCGGGGCUCCCCCGCGGCGGCGGGCGGGCGGGCGGCAUGAGCGCGGCGCCCUGAGGGGCCGGCGGAGAGGGGGUCGCCCCGAGCAGCCUCCCCCCCACCCCGGGGGGCCGCGUUCGACGGAUCGGACUCGGCCGGGACCUGCCAUGACUCCGCUGGCUCCUCCCAUGGCAUGAGCCCGUGCUCUCCUCCCCCCCCUCCGCCUGCUUUCGGUCUUUCUCCGCUCCUGGGCUGUCAGAUGGGAUAAAAUACACCCGGGCGUGUGGGGCUCGGCGCUGCCGCGAGGGAGCGGGGGGAGCGGCGGAGGCAACCGGUGACGGCCGUCGGCUCGCCCGGAGUCGAAGAUGAGCUGGCGGUGGGCUCGCCAGCACCGGAACGGCGGCUCCUCCGUCCUGCUGCUCCUGCUGCUCUGGCACUGCUGGGUCCGGCCGGCCGGCGCCGACAACGCCAGCCAGGCGUACUACACCGCCCUCAUCAACGUGACGGUGCUGAGCCCCGAGCGGGGCGGCCCCACGCUGCUGAGGAUCGACCGCGGCCGCUACGGGCAGGAUUCCCCCAAGGUGGAGGUGAAGGGCCUGCUGGUGGCUCCCGUCCCCAUCAACGGAGUUGCAGAUCGCCUGGGCUGUGACCCUCGAACACGUUUCCAAGUUCCACCAAACACCAAGCAGUGGAUUGCUUUAUUACAGCGAGGAAACUGUACAUUUAGAGAGAAAAUACUGCGAGCAGCUUCACAUAAUGCCACAGCUGUGGUCAUUUACAACAAUAUAUCCAGUGAAGAACCUGUCACAAUGACUCAUCAAGGAACUGGAGACAUUGUUGCUGUCAUGAUUACAGAAUCAAAGGUUAAGGAGAUCCUGAAUUACUUGGAAAAGAAUAUUUCUGUCUUGAUGGCAAUAGCAGUGGGGUCCCGUGUUCCUCCAAAAAACUUCAGUCGGGGCUCUCUAGUCUUUGUGUCAAUAUCAUUCAUAGUUUUGAUGAUAAUUUCUUCAGCAUGGUUAAUAUUUUACUUCAUCCAGAAGAUCAGGUACACAAGUGCACGUGACAGGAAUCAGCGUCGUCUUGGAGAUGCUGCCAAGAAAGCCAUCGGUAAAUUGACAACCAGGACAGUAAAGAAGGGCGAUAAGGAAACAGACCCAGACUUUGAUCAUUGUGCUGUCUGCAUUGAGAGUUACAAGCAGAACGAUGUUGUUCGCAUUUUACCGUGCAAGCAUGUUUUCCAUAAAGCCUGUGUGGACCCAUGGCUUAGUGAGCAUUGUACGUGUCCAAUGUGUAAACUGAACAUUUUGAAGGCACUGGGAAUUGUGCCAAAUGUGCCAUGUACAGAUAAUGUAGCCUUUGACAUGGAAAGGCUCACCAGAGGCCAGCCAGCUAGCAGGCGGUCAGCACUCGGUGAUUUUGCCAAUGACAGCUCUCUCAGCCUGGAGCCCCUGCGCACCUCUGGGAUGUCACAGCUUCCACAGGACGGAGAACUAACGCCAAGGUCAGGAGAGAUCAACAUUGCUGUGACAAGCAGUCACUUCUUUCAUCGUAACUCUCUGUCCCCUCGAAGCCUGGUCUACGAGAGCGAGUUCUCAACCAUCGAGCCUGCCUUGGACAUGUAUGACGAGAACAAAACCUGAAAGGAAUCCAUGCUCCUUCCUGGCCCUUUUUCCGUUUUUUUCAUUUCUCAUUCCUAUUGUUGUGUACUCUUUCCAUGGAUCUCCUUUGUCUGAAGAAGAGCUGCUUUUUCCAGAACACGAACCCGCCUUCUCGAUUGCAAAGACGAAGACCAGCUGUGGUGGUUUCUGAGGGUGGCAUCUUUGAGCUGACAAAGAGUUGCACACAAGCAAGAUUGUCUGAUGGAAAUUGCUGAGUAACAGCAUGGGAAGCUGUGUUGGUCCAGCCGCGGCGCUGCAGAAGAGGUUUUACGGUGGUCCUAAGAGUUUGUGUUGUACUGCAAAUGCGUCUUUUACGCAGGCGUCUGCUGUUGCCAUUUUUUUAAUUGUCCAGGUGGUUGGGCAAUGCCAGAAAGGGAACUGGUUGUAGAGGAGAUGGCCAGUGACUGGUAAAAGCACUCAUAUAUCUCGGUCAAUCCAUAACCUUACUGUGAAAUAGCCCCUUCUGAAAGGGACCUUUAUAAGUGCAUUGAGUUUCCUACAACCUGCGUAACCCUGUACAAUAGCAAGCCAGUCUGACAUUAAAGCUGCAGAGAGGACCUGCAUUUGCAGAAAGAUUUCAAGGAAAUUGAUGCUUGGUUUUUUCUCCAAUUCGAUUGAAACAGGAGAAAAAUGGCCUACACAGAAUAUACUUUUGGUCCUUCGUGUGCUCAAGUGAGUCUCUUUCUAUAGAGAGGACAUUCACAGAACCAGCACUUGAUCUACCUGAAAACCAUUAGACUUUUUGAAAUAUGCAGGAAUCUAGUUAUCUUUCUUUCUCACUUAAUUUUUUUUUUGGGGGGGGGGGGGGGGUAAAAUAUCCACCGAAUUUUUCACUGAGGUUUUUUAAAAGCCAGCAUGUUGGCAUUACACAGAGAAGAAAAGAGGUAAGCUUCUUAUCCUGUUCUCCCGUUGAGAUCUGCAACAGUUAAAUAACAAACACAUUCUCUAAGCCGUGCCCUUUCCCACUGACAUCAAUAAUGGGAAUGCAGAAAGCAGCAGAAGAAAGGAAAGCAGCAACCGCUUUGACACGCUGCAGGAAAAAUCAAUUUUUACCAGCGUGUGACAAAAGCGGUGGGGAAAUGGAUAUUGUUUGCAAGCUUCUGAAAGAGUAAUACAGAAAUGGAGAAUGAGAGAGAAACCUCUGGAGUUAAGUCGUCCACAGCAUUCCUCAAAUGAGCAGACGUGGAGGAGCGAGCGCUUCUGCUCCACCUUUUCCUACUGGACAAUGCAUAGCUGUUUAAUUAAUGUUUGGAUUUUUCUCCAUUGCAGUCUAAGUUACUGUAGGUAUAGAAAUGCAUUUGUGUCCUUGUAAUGUGAAACAAAGCUUCACCCUCUGUAUAGGAAUCUUGAGAAAUCAGUUAAGCCAAAAAGAAAGGUAAGACAUACUCUGCCACUCUUUAAUUUCAUCUGCUUUUGCUACAAGCAGGGGUAUUUCCCCUCCUUUAUUACGUUUUUUAAUUGUAUAGCCGUCUGCUUGAGAUAUAUCCUUACCUGAAGCGUGGUUCAGCUGUGUCUUUAACACGGGUGUUUAAGAGAAAAAGAAAAGCCCAGCUCUGUAAAAUGAGGAAAUGAUCCUCUAUGCUGAGCAUGCUUUGACUUUUGUUGCUGUGCGUCAGCUUUAUUUAAUCUGAUAAUUCAAGAGCGGGUGGUGUGAAGUGUAGGGAGGUUUCUCUCAUAAUACCCACAUUUAUGUUUACCAAAUGCACUUCUACUGUCAUUCAGCUCACUCGAGAAAUACGCUUAAACCCCAAACUUUUUAAGAGCACAAUUUUAACACCCGCUUUCUCCUACAAAGCAGAAGUGAAGGUCGCAGAAAACGCCAGCCGGUGGCUUGAGCAGCAGCAGGUCUCGGCCAGCAUCUUUCCUCUCCUUGCGGAUGCGCUAAGGGGGGCAGCUCCUGACAGCGCCGGCGAGCCCAGGCAGAGCUCCCAAACCCAGCCUGGCUGAGCUGCGCUCAGGCCCGUACAGGACUCGGGGGCGGCAGAAGGGCUGAUUGAGCAACCCCUGUUUUCGUAAUUACGUCUGCGAGAUCGCAGCAGGCAGGCACGUAAAAGCAGGGGCCUUCCGAAAACAAGCGCCCGAGAGAAAAAAAAAAAAAAAUCACCAUUUCUCAAGGAUGUUAUAGGGCUUGUUUUUAUCCGGGGUGGGCUGUGAGGUUACAAUAAACCGACAAACACCUGGGCGUUUUCAUGGUUAAAGACAGAAAUGUCCGGGUGUCUCCCAACAAGCACCCGACAGCCUACCCUCUGUCUCAAGCCCCGGGCACCGCAGCGAAAGGGUGAGCUCGGUGCAGAGCCCCGCCAGCGGGGUUUUGGGUAGGAGAGCCCGUUGUAGCACCGCGUGGGGCGCGGAUGCUCUUGAGCAAAUCCUUCUUGCAGGGGCUGCCUCAGCCCAACGCAAGGAUUUGCCCCGAGGCCACCGGGAACGUCACCGGGGCAUGGUUUCGGCAAGAAAACAAAACUGAUGGUUUCUCAGCUCCAGCUGAGACCGUUUGCACCGGCUGUGUACCAGUGUGUACAGAAAAGCUAGAAAGGGCAUGGAAAUUAAAAGAAACAUUAGAAAGUACAAAGCCCCCAGAGACAAAAUAAUAAAUAAUGUCAUUUAUAUUUUGUUAAAUCUCCUUAUUUCUAACCUAACAUCUUGGUUUCAGUGGCAGGGAGGGAAGGUUUGCCUCUGAUUGUGGAGAUUGGGGUCUGGCAUAGCGAUAUAAAAAUGGAUUUGUGUUGUAGCAUCUUGGAUAAGGGAGCUGACAAUUAUAACUGACGUCCUGAAUUUGGAAAAUCUUUCAACACUGGAAAAAUUAAAAGCUAGUUCAAACAAUUGAUCCCUACAUGCCUGCUGGGACAUGCCAUAGCAGGCGUUCUUCCACUUAGUCAUAUUUAGGAUGGGGAGGAGGCACCACAGCAACAUGGGUGAUUUUUCUGGGCUGUGCUGGUAAGUUUGAGGUUUUCCUUUUAAUAUUAACCAGUAUAUAAAAAAAGCUUGAUGAGCAUCGUUGUUCUUGUUCUGCUGCAGUGGUGCUGUGUAUGGUUGAGUCAUUUCAUAGAAGUAAAAUAUACUGCAAUCUACCAAGCGCUGUAAGUGCCAGUAACUUGGAAAAUCAUUUUUAAGGUCUAAAAAAAAAGUGCUUUUUAACAGAAAACAUUAAUUUUAUGACUUAUACGUACAGAAAAAGCUUUUAUCUCCAAGUGUUUCCCUAAACUAUUUAAACCCUAGCACUUCACCUUCUCUUUCCCGGCCUCAUGUUCUAUGAAAGUUUUGCAUGUUCCCGUAAGACAUUUGUAAAAUCAAGGUUUGCUUGCGUUCUUAGAGGAUAAUUGCCAGUAAAAAAACAGACUGUAAGUGUGCUUUUUACCUAUAAUACUAACAUUAAGUAUUAAAUUUGAAGCAUGUUAAAAUUUACUUAGCAACGCUCACGAUUACUCCCUCCAGAGAGCUCAUGCGUUGGUAUCUGCACUGUCCCCUUGCUUCUAGGAUGCUUGCCUUGGCACCUGGGGAUGCUGUAGGAAUAGCCAGAUAGCCUACAUAAGCCAAAGAGAGACCAAAAAUAGUUAAAUAAAUGUGUUUAGGACUAUGUUAAUGAGACUUUUACGCAUCUUCUGAUUUCUUUAAACACGCUUACGUAAAACAGUGCAAAGGCUUGGGAGAACCAAGAGCUUUACCAGCUACUGAAAAGCGGAGGGAGGUCUGCAGGAGGCAGGGGUCACGCUGAGGCUCCAGGACUCAUUUAGCCCAAUUUAGGUUUGAGAUAAUGCCACAGUCACAGGUCAUGAGCUGAAGGAUGAAGGCACCAGGGCUGAGCUGAAUGAAGUUCAGGCAGCUCUGCAGCCUGAUUACUGGGGAGUGAGUUGACUUAAUUGUUAAAAAUACGUAUUUUUUUGCUUAGCGAAUAGUCACCUGGUUUUUACAACAAAGAAAGUAGCAUGGCAGCACACGGGCCAAGGCACGGCGGGGCAAAUACAAGAGCCACAGGGCUGCUGCCAGCCCUGCGGGGUGGGGAGAGGAGGGCAGGAGGGCUCGGGGCAGGGACCUCAGGAAACACCUUGAACUUCACAAGUGAACCUUUCGCUCCUUUUUCACCCCGUGUUACACAUCCAUAGGUGACCUAGUUUUCCAACCCGAGCCAUGCAGAGGAGUGCGUGAUGUGCAUAUGUGUUGUUAUAUUUAAAGACAUCUUCACUUUUUUCCCUUCCCUGCUAGACUUGCUGCACCGUAAGGGCAGCCUGUGCUCCGGCGCGCUGGGUGGAAACCGCUGAGCAGGGGAGGAGGUGAGAGAGGGAAAGAUGCUCCAAUUAACCAGACUGGGGCAAAAUAAGGAGAAAGGUAGACUGUACUUCUGCAGGUUGGUGCUCAUUUCUGCUUUGUUUCCAAUGUCUUUGAAAUAACCAAGAGGAAAAAGUGGUACCCCCCACAACCCUUCCUCAUGGGAUGCAGUGACAAAAGCAGGGCUCCAGCUGGGAUUUUGCUCCCGGCGUGGGCCGCGGUGCUGCGUAACCCCCAGUCGGUGAUGUCCUGACCUGUUGGCCAAAACCCCGACCUCGCAGGGGCCUGUCAGGUUUUCCUGGUGCGUGUAAAGUGCUUUGGGGAGAUGAAAGCUGCUCGCAUGAGCCUUUGCAAAGCAGCACUAAUCGACACCUUUUUAUCUAUGUCAGUUGUUUGAUCCUUUUGUUCACCUACUAUUUUUAAAAGCCUGCAACGUUCCCAAACACUCUUAAUUCUCCCCAAUUAAUCUCUGCCCUUCCACCCCAUCGAUUACUACCGGUUUCCUCCUCCUCCCAAGAGCUGGGUGAAGGUCCCCAUUGUGCAGGCACUGCCAUUCCCCGGGUCUCCAGCAUCUUCUUCGUCACCGUGCCAUGACCGUGUCGGCCAGCCCCUUGAAGGGGAUUCAUUGCUCCAAACCAGCAUCAGUCUGUGGGAGCUCGGAGGUUUCUGGUGCGUUGUUCUCAGCCAAAGCAGGCUGUGUGGGAUGUAGGCUGUUGUUGUGGGCUGCUCGCUCUCUGGAUCCCUGCAUGGAGCAUCCUUUUGCUCCUCAGCCCGCUAGCCUCAUGGAGAUGCCCAGAUGAACAGAGAUGGAUGUGUAGGUUGUGCAAUAAUGUCUGAAUAUUUAUUCUUUUUAUGGCAAUAAUGUCCAGGGUCUCUGGGCAAGGGGGCCCUGUGGUAUAAGGUGUUGCCCAAAAAUAGUCCCUCUCCUAAAGAGUUAAUAAUUAAGUAUUAAUAUUCCUGCAAAGUAAGAAGUACAUAGGGUUUUACUGAGUGAUUAGAGUGAUUUCAUUGCAAGGCUGAGGUUUAACAUGAGCUAGUGUCAUACAGCUGGGACUGGGGCUUCGCAGCUCAAAAAUCCAGUAAGGUGCUGGAUGCAUACGUGGAGGCUCCCUCGCUCCUGCUGGGCACAGGCUAUUCCCUUCUCCGCAUGCAUCCACCCGCAGCUUGCUGCGGCUGAGCCCCUCAGGAGCAAGAAGCUUUUUAAUCUUUGCCCUGAGCUCAGCUGUGUGUGUUUGCUGUGCCAUUUGUCUUUUUUUCCCUGCUUCCCAUGUGCUCCGGGGCUCACCUUUGCUUGGCUCUGACUUGGUCUUCAGCAACCCGAACCCCUCAAGGGCACAAGAGCCGUUAAUUCCCAACAGAGUUGUGGUAAGGACAUGGGAUUGCUAAAUUUGCUCUCGAUCUACGUGGCUGUGUCUGUAACACCCUCUGCCUGUCUCGGGCAGUAAAGGCUGUAUCUGCCCGCAGCCUUUGCAGGUACCUGGGCUGCACUGGGAGGAUCUUACAGAAAACAGCUCAACAGCUCAGCAACACUCCCAUGCUCCAGCACAGGAAAGUCUGGGCUUGAAAAUAAAGUUGAUGAUCUUUGCUGCUCUCAAGCCAGGAAAGUUUAAUAGGGCGUUCGGGGGUGUUAAAGCAAAGCUCCUGUUUGCAGAUUGGUGCGGUUCCUGCAUUGCAGCCAGCAAGGCAGCGUCCCAGCCUGUCGCCUGACAGGGCUCGCUUUGUGUUUGCACUGGAAGGUGCUACGUGAAAAAAAAAGCCUUCUUGGUUGCCGUCACAUCAGCAGGUAGACUUUUUCCACCCCAUAUGUCUAGACUUAACUCCCAGCACUGGUAAGAUCUGUCGCGCUAGUCCUAUAAAGGAGAAUAACCUUUCUGAGCAAACUGAGUGAUAGCAUCGCUCUCCUGCUUAUCCAGUCAGCCCUGCUGUGGUUUGCAAGUGGAUGUUAAAUACUAAAAGCUUCUCUGUACGCCUGUGCCUAUUCGGGAUCCCCUGCUCGAGGCCAUGGCUAACUAUGCACAGAAUCCACCGCAACAGGAUCGUGUUAUCCCAGCAGAGAGGGGACACCCCAGCCUUUGGGCUUGGGAGACUGCAGCAAACAACAACAACAAAAAAAACAAUUUGUGUGCGUGUAAAAUGCAAAAGUCUGUUUCAACUGGCUUGCUGCAAGGUGGACCACACUGGUGUGACCACAUAACCUAAAAACGCCAGCAGGUCGCAGGGGUCUGGCCAAGCGACGGGGACGCUGCGGGGACGCAGGCAUGGCGGGUGAUGCGGUGCCCUCCCGACAAUCAGAUCUUUCCAGCCCUUGUGAAAUUGUAGCUUGACAGCAGCAGAACUUCUUGACAUGUUUUGAUGUAAGUAUAACACUGUAUUGUAGUUACGUGGUAUAUGCCAAUAUGUUAACAGUGUAUACCGAUUAGUUAGGGUUUGCUAAUGUACUACAUUUCAAUAAAAAGCAGUUUAAAAAUAA